AGAGUCUGCUAUUUUGCUGGUGAAGUAUGUUGUGAUACAGCUCGAGCGCUUCUGGGUGACUCAGUCAUAGUAAGAGGCGCUCUUUUGCUGCUUUCGCGCGCUGGGAAUAUUAACCUUUUCGGAAAAAUAACAUCUACUCAACGCAACUGUACUGCGACUUUAUGCUUGCAUAUUACAAGUCUUCGCUCUCCCGAAACCUACUGCGAACACGUUGAACGUGAGGAAACGAUGGACACUGGGAUAUCACUCUGGGCCACCAUACUCAUCAGCUACAACUAAGCAUCCGACAGUGCCAGAUCACAAGAACUUGGGGUUGUGAUUGAUUGGAGCAAAAGUGACCAACUGACAUAAACAAAGGCAAGGGAGAACUAGGCCAAGCUGCAGUGGUACCAGCCCAGAUCUUCAAAAGGGUGGUCUGUACCAGAUGGUUGGCAGAGUGCCCACCUGCUUUGACCUUGUAACAACAAGACAAUCUUCAUGAAUGUCUUAGCAAGGCAAAGCAAUGUCGGCGUAUCCUGCCCGUCUUGCUUAGGAUUUGCUACUCAAAUAGUGAACAUUUCUGUGCUACAUUGCCUAUUCACAACUUCCUCAGCCAUCCACUUGACUGAGACGUUUUGCUGAGUUGUGUAAAAUUGAGGUGGGGGGGGGUUGACCCCCAGGCCCUUCAGCAGCACAGCUGGCCCCCAACACCCUUGCUCUGUCCCCUUGGAAUUCUACUGUGGUUGCUCGAAGGAACAGAAGAUUCUGCCAGUCAGCCGUCUUUACUGACCAAACAAGUGGUGCCGUCCCUGCUGCUGGUCAUGCACUUUUGGUGAGGCUUGGGAACUCCUGCCAACAUGAGGCUGGUAACCGGGUCGCCUCGGCCCCUUUUGGUGGCACUACUGGCUCUCUCCCUCGCUGCCGUAUUACCUCAGCUGUCCUGGGGAGCCACACCCUUCCCCCAGGACUUGGAACCAAUCAGCAUCGUGGGGAGAGAGUACUCCUACUUAUACCCCAGCUUUCAAGGCCUAAUGUCGGACAAUGACACCGUACGACUGGGCUUGGACUUCCAAAGGAUGCUCCGAAUCAACCACAUGCUUUAUAUUGCAGCCAGAGACAAUGUUUUUGCUAUCAAUCUCGCCACAUCCUCUGAGAAUAUUUUCCCACAACAGAAAUUGACUUGGAAGACAAAGGAUGUGGAGAAAUGCACAGUGAGGGGGAAAAACAGCGAUGAGUGUUACAACUACAUCAAAGUGUUAGUCCCGCGCAAUGACGAGACUCUGUUUGCUUGCGGAACCAACGCCUUCAACCCCACCUGCCGCAACUACAAGAUGUCAACACUGGAGCAGGAUGGGGAGGAGGUUGUGGGCCAGGCACGUUGUCCAUUUGAGUCACGCCAGUCAAAUGUAGGCCUCUUUGCCGGUGGAGAUUUCUAUUCAGCCACCAUGACAGACUUUUUGGCCAGUGAUGCUGUGAUUUACCGUAGUCUUGGAGAAAGCAGUCCGGUGCUUCGUACUGUGAAGUAUGACUCCAAAUGGCUUCGAGAGCCACAUUUUCUCCAUGCCAUUGAGUACGGGAACUAUGUGUACUUCUUCUUCAGCGAGAUAGCCGUAGAGUACACCACGCUUGGCAAGGUUGUGUUCUCCAGAGUGGCCCGUGUUUGUAAGAACGACAACGGAGGUUCUCCACGGGUUCUCGAACGUUACUGGACCUCUUUUCUAAAAGCGCGGCUCAACUGCUCGGUUCCGGGUGAUUCCUUCUUCUACUUUGACGUUCUGCAGUCACUGACUAACGUGCUACAGAUCAACCAUCGUCCAGCCGUGCUUGGGGUCUUUACUACUCAAGCCAACAGUAUCACUGGCUCAGCCGUGUGUGCCUUCUACAUGGAUGACAUUGAGAAGUCCUUCAGUGGGAAGUUCAAGGAGCAGAGGACCAGUGAAUCGGCCUGGACGCCCGUGCCUGACGAGCAGGUGCCCACGCCCCGGCCAGGCUGCUGUGCAGGUGACGGAUCUGCUGCAGCUUACAAGUCCUCUACCACCUUUCCUGAUGACACGUUGACCUUCAUUAAGUCGUAUCCCCUCAUGGAUGAGGCUGUGCCCUCUGUCAACGAUCGUCCCUGCUUCACCCGCACCACCAGCAGGUUCAAGUUGACCCAGAUAGCUGUGGAUACAUCUGCAGGACCCUACAAGAAUCAUACCGUUGUAUUUCUGGGGUCGGAGAAUGGCCGGGUGCUGAAGAUCUUGGCCAGCACCCAUUCCAACGCAUCCUUUGGCACACAGCUACUGGAGGAUGUUGAUGUCUAUAAUCCCACCAAGUGUAACAUUCGUGGCGAGGACAGACGAGUCUUGGGAUUGGAGCUCGACAGGGAUCACCACGCCCUGUUUGUGGCCUUCUCCGGCUGUGUGAUCCGCGUGCCUCUCAGUCGCUGCUCCGACUACGGCUCCUGCAAGACGAGCUGUCUGUCCUCACGGGACCCCUACUGUGUGUGGAUGAGGUCAUCGGGGACCUGUGUUAUGGUGGCGCCCGGACUAAAGGCUGGAUUUGAACAGGAUGUGGAAAACAUCUUCCCUCAGUACCCUGAUAGCUGCCAUGAUGUCCUGGCGACUACACGCAAGCAAAACACAGCUGCUGAUUCAGCAUUUGGAAAGACCACACCCACAAGUGCCAGCACAACCUAUCAGGGGUCGACUUUCCCAAAGGAGACAGGUGGCCCUGAGGGAGGCACUGGUCCUGAUGGCAGUCCUCCAGUAGGCGACCAUGGGUCACCUGACUCGGAGCCAAUCAGUGUGGAGAUGGAGGGUGUCCGGCGACCCCCGGAGAUUGAGAAGACCAAUCACAGUGUUCACUACACCCUCUUAAUUGCCUGUGUGCUGGUAGCCUUUGUCCUUGGCGCAUUCCUCUCUGGCUUCCUGGUCUCUUGUUACUGCAACCACACAGGCCACAAGUCCAAAAGGCUCGCAAAGGACCCUGAGGCGCCAAUCCCCCAUGCCCUGUCCCUUCGUAGUCUGGCCAAGCUUAACGGCCUCCUGGACAGUCAGAACAAGGAGGACAAAUUAGAGGUUUCUUCACCCAAGCUCUACAACUCCUUUUUCCCCAGCGGCAAAGAGCACCACCAACAUCGAAGGAAUGGACAUCACAGCGGGGUUACCAUGGGAGACCUAGUCCACCCCCAUCACCUCCACCACUCCUCAGAGCUUUCAGGUCUGCCCACCCCGGACUCCACCCCAGAGCUACCCAUUAAGAGUAUGAAGGCCUUCAAGAACCAGUGGGAGAAGAACCAGAAUUGCAACAAUGCCAAGGAGCCAAAGUCCCACAAUAUGGGGUUGAGCUCCAGGCCCAGCUCAGCCAUGCUCCAUCAGCAGGUUUUCCCCUACUCUCAUGGCUUGUCCAAUGGCCAAGCCCUGGUCACUGGUCCCCUGCACCUGGAAGAGCGUAAGAUCCAUAACACAGAGCGCAUCCUUGCUCAGCAGCCGUAUCCCUGCUACUCCCAGAAGGUCAUGGAGGUCACCUCAUUGGACGAGCUACUCAAGCACAUUCACGAAGCCAGUGCCAGCAAGAACGCCCAAGUCAUGACCUCAUCUGGACUGUCGGCCAGCAUCAGUGGAGGUCAGUUAGCCUUCGCUAACCGCGUCCAGCCACAUAUCCCAGAGACGGAAUCGGCGCCAUACUACAGCUCUUCUACCCUGCCUAGAGACAGCCUUACCCGCCGAAUGGACGUGCCUCCAGACAUACCACUGCACCACCAGUCCACCUUAGAGCGAAGGCACUCCUCACAGAGGCACUCACUUAUUGCCGCUGCCACUAAGAUGUCCAAUGGAGGAGGAGGGAUGGUGCCCAGGCAGCACAGCUUCAGCCAACGUAACUGCGGAGGCCAUCCGCCACCUCCCCUUCUGGCCCGGAUGAACUCGACAGGCAGUGCCUGCGAGGUCCACUACCCACUCAUCCCCAACGGCUACUUGACACGGCAACACAGUUACAACAGCGAUCAGCAGGAUGUCCUCCACCGUGGAGCUAUGGUCCGCCGGACCGCCUCCCUUAAACCCGAUGUCCCACCCAAACCCCUCUUCAUCCCAGCCACCUCACCAGUCAAUCAACAAGGAAAAUUCAACUACUGAGGAGAGGAGAAUGGAGAAGGGGGUCUGGACUAGAGAGGGACUGUGCCUCAUCUUAUCCCUAAAAGUACAAGGCUGAGGGUGAAGGGUUAAAAACAUCGCCCUGGAUUACAUGACAGCCAUUGCUGCUGUCUAAACCUCAACCAAACUUCUUUUUUGUUGCCCUAUUUGUCCAAUUUAUAUCUUUGUACCAUAUUGGUAUUGCACUGCUACUUGCCUAUCAGACAGUGAAAGGACUCUGGUAGCUGACGUGAUCACUUUAUAUUAGGCUGCCAAUGUCCUCAGUGCGGAUUUAAAAGAGUUCAUGGGUGGGGCUGGCAUCAGAAACAUAAGGUAAUGUUUGGACAUCUUGAAGACUUUCAAACUAGAACCUCUUGCAAUGCCCAUGACAAUUGCUUUUGCUUACCUUUUCUGAUGUAAUUUUGGCAACCAAACCUGAUCCCCGAAUGUGUUUAUAUAAAUAUAUAUAUGCAUGUGUGUGUGUGUAUAUAUGUGUGUUCAUAUCUACACCGUAUACGUAUACAUAUACAUAUGCAGUAUAUGUAACCUGGGGAUGAAAAAUGUCUCCUUUUAGGCCUUACUUUGAAAGUGAAUAUCCUUUUUUCAGUAUCUAACCCCUUGUUGUUUGACAUCUAAAAUAGUGAUGCAAUAUCCUGCUGGAUACCAUAUGUUGAUUAUACAGUAUAUUAACACAUCUGUAGUGAAUUUGACCACUUAAAUGAUGACCAACUGGUGAAUUGUGUCAAGAAGGAAAGUUCCAAGGCAACAAUAUUGAUAUAUCUUCUUAGAAAAAGUGGAAGCAACUUAUUUACUGCUGAAUUGAAUUGACAAGUGAAUACUUACCAUGUUUUGUUGGAAAUGAAAUGGUGGCCACAACAAUUGCACAGGUCUGUUCAGUGAUGUUCCUCUCAUGUUGGUGCUUCACAAAUAGUUAAUUCACCCCUUUUGGACCCAAAGACAACCAGACAGAAGCCCCAUCAGUAACAAAUCUGACCAUCUGGGAAAAACUCUCAUUGUAUGGACUGUGAUUACUAUAACUAUUAACUUUGUGGUUAUUGGUUGUAAAUAAAGGAAUAAUACUAGCCACAUUUUAAUUGUAUGUGUAAAUGUGUGCCUUAUUUAAAUAGUAUAUAUGUGAUAUGGGGGAGGGAAAAUGCAAGGAGCUAUGAUACUAUUAUACUAGGUGUUCAAUUUUUUAUGGUUGUAUGUGUCAUUGCUAUUGUAGAUUUGUAUUUCUAUCCAGGAGUUUUUGACAUCUCUGAACUGUGAGCCUGUCAUAUUUUCAGAACAACUAUCCCUGCUGAGGCAACUCAUUCUUAGUUGCCUCCUUUUUAUGUCUGGCACCCUGGAUUUCAUGUUCUGUACAUUUUAAUUGUUCACACAUUAAGUAUUCAAUAAAUUCAUGAGAGAAGAUCUAUUGAACCAUACCCUAUGGUAUUCAAACAUAUCAAUUGAUUUCCCCCUUUUAACCCUGCAGGGGACAAUGACUAGUCAUGAAUAAGUCAUUCAGACCUGUUCUGGAGUUGUGACAUUUGUUCACGGAGAAAUGAACUGUACUCUCUGAGUCGAUGAGCUUGGACAUGGAGAGACGAUCCUCAGAGUAGCACUCCCUAGAGCAUUUGAAAGAGACGCCCAGGCCUCCGGGUUUUGCAAGUGUGUGAUGAGAUUUAUCCUCAAGGAGAAACGAAGCAGUUGGACCAGCCUUAGAUGUGUCACUCCCUCUGGAACUGUCUAUAGUUGUACUUUCUGGCAGUUAUUCUUAGAAUGGGUUACUGGAAUCAUGGUGCAAAAACAAAAAGCUACUGUUGUUAAAUCUAAAAAUUGUAUUGUAAGCAUUACAUAUGUUUUAUAAUACAUACGCUUAAGGUUCCUGGAGUUGGUCUGACCCAAAGUUUACUGUUCACACUUGAAUGCAUAUCUAGCAUAAUAAAACAAAAACCUACAUAAUGUUACAAACUCAUUUUAGACAAAGUUCUGUGCUGUUAGCCAAAUAGUUAUUUAGGUAUAACAUGCGCAUGUUCAAGUUUCCAAAUGUGAUUAUGUAUGGAAGCUGCCAUUAAGCAUUUGAAUUUGUUUUUGAAUGUGACCAUGUCUCAUAAGAGGGAUGGGGCAGCUAUGGUUUCACACCAGUUCUUGGUGAGUUAAAGUGUAGUUUCUAAGCUUGCAUUGAGAUUGUAUGGCAAAGGGAAUAGUUUCUCUACUAGCUUUGAGUAUUUGAAUUAUCUAAACUUGCACAGAGUGUAAAUACAUUGUUGGGACGGGAUAUCAUUGUUUCAGUUUUAUGUAUUUUUGUUGAUUUGGGGCUACAUAUCUUGAGCUAUUAUGAAUUUGGUCUAAAAUAAUACCAUUGUAUGUCUCUUAUAAUAGAAAUAAAUAAAAAGUUCAGUCCA